UUAUGUGGGUGCCUCAUACAGUUGUAUGUCUAGCGGAGCGCUCUGACGUCUUAGUGAGCUGCGGCUCUGCUUGUAUUUCUAUUAAGCGGUGAGGUGAGCAUUCGUCCGUGGUGAAGCAGUGAAGAAAUGAGUAUUAGAUAGUGGUGAAGAAGUGAAGAAGUGAGAAUCAAUGUUCGUCCGUGGUGAAGAGGUAUAGAAAUGAAUACUCAUCCGUGCUGAAGAGAAGAAAUGAACGUUCGUUCGCGGUGAAGAGGUCGAGAAAUGAACGUUCGUCCGUGGUGAAGAGGUCGAGAAAUGAACGUUCAUCCGUAGUGAAGAGGUCGAGAAAUGAGCAUUCCCCCAUGGCUGAAGAGGUGAAGAGGCGAAACUCUUCCUUGGAGUUGACAGUAACAUCGCUGAGAAAGGAAACUGCAGUAGCUGUUGUUGACGAAAAAGAAUCAGUGACUACUGUUGCACAAAUGCUCUUGGAUGUCGUAUCAGUUGAGGUAUAACUAGAGACAUAUUUUCGUAAUUGUUGAGUUAAUUGACCCUAGGAGAAAAGAUGUCUUCGUAGAUAUUGACGUUGGGGGUCCUGUGCCCCCUUAGUGCUGAAGAAAACUCUGCUUCUGCUGAAGAACUGUGGCAUUACGAACCUCGAGGAGGUGGAGGAUAUCGAUAAUAUCAAUAAUGGUUGAAGUGUUAGAAAAAACAUUACUGCAUACUUAGUGAGGCACUGUCACUGUUAAAGGAGCUUGGCACCGGGGGAAUCUGGCACUGUUUAGAGGAGCCUUGCACUGUCUGUAGGAGCCUGAUGCUUCCCGGAGGAAUCUGACACUGCCUGGAGGAGCCUUGCACUGCUUGUAGUACCUUGACAUUUUCCGAUGGAAUCUGGCACUCUUUAGAGGAGCCUUGCACUGUCUGAACGAGCCUAAUACUUCCCGAAGGAACUUGGCACUGUCUGGAGGAGCCUGAUAUUUCCUAGAGGCACCUGGCACUCUCUGGCCUCUACAGGAGCGAAAUGAUGAAAAUAGUGCCAAUGACCCAGGUUGUCCUCGCACGUCUCCUAGUUCUGACCUUCCUGUUAUCGAGGACAACACAACAGGGAAGCACAAAUACCGUUUAUAAUUUUAGAGACAAUGUGGUGUUCGAAACUUGGUUCCCAGAGACUGGAGGUGUGCAAGGCUGGGUGUGGCCUCAAGAAAACGACCUACAGCUGAAACUAACCUUCGUCUACGCUAUGAAAACAGAGAAAGACCCAGUUUUCUACCUCGACCUGACUCACGCCCUUCCUGGAAGGUGGUGGCAGAUCGCACUAUUUCGGGAAAAUGAACGGACAGCCUUGCUGUUAGUACAAGGUCGACUCAGUUACAGGCUAAGCGUCAAUAUGAAAAACGUGGCCAGAGUCAACUUGGGCAGUAAACAGAAGGGUUUUCUUACUUAUGGUCCUACCAUCCAACUGUCAACUGUUUGCUCACUAAAUGCUACAACAGAAGUAACAAGCGGCACAGCAGUAGAAUCCACUAAUUACGCAACAGCAAUGACUGCAAAAAAGCCUAAAGUAGUGCCUACAAACAUCCCCACAGUAGAGCCUAUAAACAUUACACCAGCAGUGCCAACAGGAGUACCAACAAACCCGUCAGUCAUCACAUACCCAGAGGGUACUAUCAUACCACCUGAUGGUGAGAUGUUAUCUGAGCAACUGAGGCUGCACCAAGUAGCCAUCUACUGCCUCCUGCUGUUGGUCUGCCUCCUACUGCUUGCUCUCGCUAUCUCUGUGUAUCUAAAUUGCAAGAAACGUAAUGAAAAAGAAGAAACUGAAGGAAAAGAUAUUAAGAUGAGAGGAAUACAAGAGGAGUACCAGGACGUACAAGGCCCCGGUACAAGCACCAGUGAACAGUACCACAAGUACUACAUCCCCGUAAACAAUAUUAUUAAUGACCAGCUAUACGAUUACGUGCCCAACUAGCAAACAUGCAAUCAUGCAGAAUUAGAAUAGUUUAUCAUGGUUGAAUCAUUGCAAUACUGUACAUAAAUACACACACACACACACACACACACAGGAGGCAGGAACAAUACAUAGUUUUAAGAAGAGGUAUGACAAAGCUCAGGAAGCAGAGAGAGAGAGGAUCCAGUAGCGAUCAGUGAAGAGGCGGGGCUAGGAGCUGAGUCUCGACCCCUGCAACCACAAUUAGGUGAGUACAAUUAGGUGAGUACACACACACACACACACACACACAC